AUGAUCGGCAUCAAAGGAUAUGACGUCCGUAUAGCCAUCGAAGCCUUCAAGAGAGGACUAACGGACGACUCAGAGCUAUACAGGGAGCUGACUAAAUAUCCAUGCACGACCUUUGAAGAAGUCAGAACCCGUGCCUUAGCACAGAUGCGACUAGAGGAUAAUCUCGCCAUCCGGAAUGGCGUCCAACCGUUGCCAAUCCCUAACAACGACAGAGUCUCUAGGAAGCAUAACGACAGAAAGAACUGGCGUCAUAGAACAUAUGACAAGCCAGGUCAGGUGAACGCAGUCAAUAAUGUUAAAACUAACGUUUCUCAUGAUUCUGCAAAUAGUUCCCAGAAACAGGAUGCCGACGCAUACCCCGACAUUGCUGAAUAUGGAUUCUGCGUCGACAUCGGGGGCGUGGUGAAUGCCCUUCAUUCUUUAGGAAAUGUCGCCCGUUGGCCGAGGAAGAGCGACAGACCAGAUGAGAACAAAGACAAAUCCAAGUGGUGCGACUACCGUGGUGAUCAUGGCCAUCGUACCGAAGAUUGCAACGCCCUGAGAAAAGAGAUAGCUUUCCUCUUGAAGAAGGGUCAUCUCAAGGAGCUGCUAGGAAAAGGCAAAUCAAGCAGCAAGGAAGCGACGACCCAGCAGCAAAAAGACCCUCAGCAGCCGCCAAAAGGACCAACGGUCACAAAGGUAGUCAAUGUUAUUACUGGUGGUUCUGAUAUUUGCGGACUAACCUAUUCUGCAGCUAGGAAAAUAGCAAGAACAGGUAAUCCCGAAGAAGUCGUCCCCAUGGACGCAAGAUCGAACCAAGACAAAGCCCUAGAAGCAAUGGUCCUCGCCUUUGACGAGUGUGACUUGGGAGACUAUCGAGAAGAGCAUCAUGACUCUCUAGUGAUAUCUUUGACCAUUGGCAAUUGCCUGCUGAAAAGAGUGCUGGUCGACAGAGGAAGUUCAUCCAAUGUCCUUUUCAAAAGCACCCUGGAGGACAUGGGUAUCGAUGCUAGAGACAUCGUCAGAAAAUCUACAGUCAUCGUAGGUUUCAGUGGGGAAGCUCUCAAUACAAGCGGAGAGAUCGUGCUGCCAACCUUUGCUGGGGGCGUUAAUCUUUCAACGCAUUUCAACGUCGUAGAUUGCCCGUCAGCCUACAAUGCCAUCAUCGGUCGCCCCUGGAUCCACAGAAUGAAAGUCGUCCCGUCGACCUAUCAUCAAGUUAUAAAAUUUCCAACCAAAUGGGGCGUGCAAAUUAUCAAGGGAGAAAGGCAAGAAGCUAGAAGAUGCUACAGUUCUACAUUGAAGACAUCCAAAAGGACGGUAUAG